CUAAUCACGCCCUCGGGUUGCCAAUAUCUAGAGGAUGCGCCAGGGGGCAGUGUGCACCGGGACGUAGUGCGUGUGGAGCGCAUGCGCAGCAGAGCGAGUAGGCGUAUGUACCCAGUUCCUGGUGCCGCGGAGCUAUGAGCUCUUCACUGCUGUUGACCCUGCUGUCGCUCCUGUCCGGCCCGUGGAUCGAGCUAGGGAAUGGGCAGGUGACAAGCAUGGUUAAGCUGCCAGGUGGCAGAUUCCAGAUGGGAACAAAUUCACCGGAUGGCAGAGAUGGUGAAGGACCUGUCCGGGAGGUGACAGUAAAACCUUUUGCCAUCGACAUAUUUCCUGUCACCAACAAAGAUUUCAGGUAUAUCAGGGAGUUUGUCAGGGAGAAAAAGUACCGGACAGAGGCCGAGACGUUUGGGUGGAGCUUUGUCUUUGAGGACUUUGUCUCAGAUGAGCUUAGAAACAAAGCGACUCAGCAAAUGAAGCCUGUUCUCUGGUGGCUUCCAGUGGAAAGGGCUUUCUGGAGGCAGCCUGCAGGUCCCGGCUCUGGCAUCCGAGAGAGACUGGAGCUCCCGGUGGUACACGUGAGCUGGAAUGAUGCGCGGGCCUACUGUGCAUGGCAGGGGAAACGGCUGCCUACUGAGGAAGAGUGGGAGUUUGCGGCCCGCGGGGGCUUAAAGGGUCAGGUUUAUCCCUGGGGAAACAAGUUCCAGCCAAACCGCACCAACCUGUGGCAGGGAAAGUUCCCCAAGGGUGACAAGGCUGAGGACGGCUUCCAUGGGGUCUCCCCAGUGAACGCGUUCCCCCCACAGAAUAACUAUGGGCUCUAUGACCUCGUGGGCAACGUGUGGGAGUGGACAGCUUCACCAUACCAGGGUGCAAACCAGGAUAUGCGUGUCCUCCGGGGGGCAUCCUGGAUCGACACAUCCGAUGGCUCUGCCAAUCACCGGGCCCGGGUCACCACCAGGAUGGGCAACACUCCAGAUUCAGCGUCUGACAACCUAGGCUUCCGCUGUGCUUCCAAUAUAGGCCGACUGCCAGGGGAGCUGUGAGCAGCCACGCAGCCACGAAGAGUGCCCCGUGGUACCCAUGCCACUCACUGGCCACAUUUCAAACAGCCAAGCUCUUCAACUUCCACCUUCUCCUCCUCUGCCCCUUUUGACAGGCACCUCUCACCUGGUGGCAGGUGGGCGGGAGAGGCCUCUCGCCUCAGAGGAGGCCAUGUCUCUUGGUGAAGGGCCCCAGCGCACUGAUUGUGGCCAGGAGCUGGGUGUUUUUAUUAGAGGCCAAAUAUCAACUAUACAGGGGCCAAGUACUCAAACAAUUGGGGCGGCGUCCUCUUAAAGGCAGUGUGUUAAAAUCCUUUUAAGUCUGUUCCCUUCCCCUUUCUCGGUGUCUGAUUCAGGGACCUGACAUUGUUUCUUAGGGCAGAAUUUCCCCACUCUCUGUUUUCCCAGCAAAUUGCUGUGGAAAGGAGAUGCUGCCUUCAUUUGUAUAGUGUUUCUGUGUGCCUCUGAAGGCACUUGAUUUCCACUCUCUGUAUGUGAAAUGGAGAAAUGUGGGCUCUUUAAAGCGCAAUUCAGUCUUCAAAGGGUCCAGGACAGUGGUUCUCAACCUUCCUAAUGCCGCGACCCUUUAAUACAGUUCCUCAUGUUGUGGUGACCCCCAAUCAUAAAAUUAUUUUCAUUGUUACUUCAUAACUGUAAUUUUGCUACUGUUAUGAAUCGUAAUGUAAAUAUCUGAUAUGCAGGAUGUAUUUUCAUUGUUACAAAUUGAACAUAAUGAAAGCAUAGUGAUUAAUCACAAAAACAAUAUGUAAUUAUAUGUGUUUUCCAAUGGUUUUAGGCGACCCCUGUGAAAGGAUCAUUCGACCCACAAAGGGGUCGCGACCCACAGGUUGAGAACCGCUGGUCUAGGAGAACAGGGUAUUAACCAGGCCAAACUGUGCCUCCUGCGAGUCACAAAGUAAAUGAUACUUCAGAAAGACAAACAUGAGAAGUGUCCCUUUCUGUUGUUAAUUAUGCAAGGGCUUCCUUAUGCCUCUGGAAACCUGUCCCCUGGAGAAGGACCUGCUCCCAUGGUGUCACUGGACAUUGUGAGGUCAGUAAAAUCCCCCAUGAUUGUAUCUC